GUAGAGAUAUUGUACGGUCAUGAUCUGUAUUGUCGCACCCUCCCUCCCUCCCCUAGCAAGAUGUUCAGCCAGAGGCUAUUGUUCUUCGUUACGUUCUUGACCCUCGCCCUAGGCGUGCUCUCAUCGCCGCUGCAAGCGCGAGCUACCUCUAAAUGUGCUGCAAGAGACAUUGCCAUUGUCCGUCGCACUGUCAAUGAUGAGAACUACUUCUGCAGAUGGUGGCUCUCUGACAUCCGUACCAGAUCACCUUUCCUUGAAUUCACUCACCCUCAAGUCACGGACCUGUGCAAAUGCAUUUCUUCGUCCAGUACUGCUUCCAAGCCAAAGCGUGAAGAAGGCUCGGUCGAAGCUAUUCUUGAGAAGAGACAAUCUCAAGCCUCAUGUGAAGCAGAGAUGAGCAAGCAGUUCACCGAACCCUGGCACUUUUGCACCUUCUAUAAUGCAUACCCUAGAACGACAUCUCCGUUCGCUCUGUACUCUGCUAAGCAAUUGCUCACGCUUUGCAAGUGUGUAGUCACGAAGCAGACUUCGUCGGUUCCCUUCUGCUCCUCGCAGUCCACGCUUCUUGCAAGCAAGCCUACGCUGCUGUCGCAGGCUUCAGAGUACUGCACGUCGCUUCUGAGACCUACUGUUUUUGCAGUGAAGACAAUUACAAAGGGUAGUACCAUCAUGAAGACCAAGACACAAGGAACUUCGAUUGCUUCUCUCACCUCGACCAUCAGACGCGCAUCGACUGUCAACGAGAUCAGCACAGAGAAAGUCAUUCAGUCUGUCACGGCGAAAUCUACUGCUACCAAGACCAGCAUUGUCGUCCAGUAUAUUGACACCACGAAUCUUGGCACGGUCUCUGUAGCUAUUGACACAAAGACGAGUGUACAGACCGUCAAUGUGGCAGAAGUAGGCACUCAAACAGUCGAGAUCGCAAGCUUGGCUCGUAGAUAUACACCCGCUCCGCUUGCCGUGCCCUCGUUCUGGAAGACUCUCGCACCUUCCCAGGCUACUCAAGCAUGCAACUGCAUCAUGAAACCCGGAUCUCUGAAGCCGGCCACAGUCUAUACUUCAUACACGACAACACUGAGCACCACAACAAGCUUCACUACCAAGCAAGCUCAAAACUCUCAGGAGCACCUCGCGAGCUACUUUGACGACUUCUAA